CAAAAAGAAGAAAAAGUUGAAGGAAAUGUUGAAGAGAAUAUUUGGAUGAAUGUUGAAGAGGAUAUUGAGGUGAAUAUUGAGGGGGAUGUUAAGGCGAAUGUUAAGGAGGAUGUUAAGGCAAAUGUUGAGAAGGAUGCUGAGAUGAAUGUUGAGGUAAAUGUUGUUAUAAAUGCUGAGGAGGAUGUUGAGGUGAAUGUUGUUAUAAAUGCUGAGAAGAAUGUUGAGAUGAAUGUUGAGAAGAAAGCUGAGUAUAGAAAAGAAGAAGCAAGUAAAGAGUCCACAUAUAAAACCUACAUCAAACCAAAACCAUAUAUAUCCAGAAGAAUUCAGUCUUUAGCCAAGUAUUAUUUGUAUCAUAGUUCAUUUCCACUUUCACAACAUGUGGAUAUGACAAAUUCUGAAGUAAAUGAUGUUGAUUCAUCUAAGUUUCAAGAAUAUGUCAAUGACAUUAUUCUUCCAGAGCAUAUAGGAGAAACAAAAAAAACAAUUAGCUUGCAGACAGCUGAACGCAAGAAUGCACUUGAACAUUCCCAUAGAAGCAUGCUGCUAUCUAAUGCCAGAAAAAACCAAGAAGGUUUCUGGACAGUCAAUAAUUUGCUAGAACAAAUUAGGGAUAAAGUAAUCCCUAUUUUUGAAACAAAGUUUCCUAAUAUAAUGGCUGUCUUUGCCUUCGACAAUAGUACAAACCAUAAAGCAUAUGCAGAGAACACUCUUAUUGCUGCAAGAAUGAAUCUAAAACCUGGAGAAAACCAACCAAAAAUGUGA